AUGGCGGAUGACGAGCCUGUGCUCUACCUUCAUGGAGAUCUACAACUGCACAUUAUCGAGGCCCGCUCCCUCCCCAACAUGGAUAUCAUCUCCGAGCGCCUGCGCCGAUGCUUCACUGGCUGCGGCGCCUGCCAACCCACCGCCGACGGAGACGGCGAUGCAAGCGGCGGCGGGAGCACUGACCACAGGAAGCUCCACCACCACCGUAAGAUCAUCACCAGCGACCCCUACGUCACUAUCUCCGCCCCCCAGGCCACCCUGGCCCGCACGCGCGUGCUCUCCAACUCCCAGAACCCCCGGUGGGACGAGAAGUUUCAUAUCGCCUUGGCUCACCCCAUGGCCUUUCUAGAUAUCCGCGUCAAGGAUAAUGAUGUUUUCGGGGCCGACACCGUAGGGAAGGCCUUGAUUUCCGCCGAGAAAAUCGCCUCCGGUCAGGAGAUCUCCGGUUGGUUCCCUAUAAUUUCUUCCACGGGGAAUCCCCCCAAACCAGACACGGCCUUGCACCUUCAGAUGAAAUUUAUUCCCUGCGACAAGAACCCACUAUACAGCCAUGGCAUUGCGGGCGACCAAUUGCAUAGAGGGGUAGGGCACACUUAUUUUCCCCUUAGGAAAGGCAACUCCGUGACCCUAUACCAGGACGCACAUAUCAGGAAUGAGGACAAAUUGCCCCGGAUUGAGUUAGAUAAUGGGCUAGUUCGCGAGCAUGCUCGGUGUUGGGAGGACAUUUGCCACGCCAUAGCCGAGGCACAUCAUUUGGUAUACAUUGUGGGGUGGUCCGUGUUUCAUAAGAUUAAGCUGAUUAGGGAACCCACGAGGCCUCUGCCUCGAGGAGGGGACCUGACUCUUGGAGAAUUACUCAAGUAUAAGUCUCAGGAAGGGGUUCGAGUUCUGCUCUUGGUUUGGGAUGAUAAAACUUCACACGAUAAGUUCUUCCUUAACACUGGUGGAGUGAUGAAAACACAUGAUGAAGAGACCAAAAAGUUUUUUCGACAUUCAUCUGUUAUAUGCGUUCUUUCACCACGUUAUGCAAGCAAUAAACUUAGCUAUAUGAAACAACAGGUUGUUGGAAAUCUUUUUACGCACCAUCAGAAGUGUGUUCUUGUGGACAAACAAGCGUAUGGCAAUAACCGAAAGAUUAUUGCUUUUUUAGGUGGUCUCGAUCUGUGUGAUGGUCGUUAUGAUACACCUGAACAUCGACUAUUCCAUGAUCUUGAAACUGUUUUCAAGGACGAUUUUCAUCAGCCAACAUUUCCAGAAGGAACAAAAGCACCAAGGCAGCCAUGGCACGAUUUGCACUGCCGAAUUGAUGGGCCUGCUGCAUAUGAUGUUCUUAUAAACUUUGCUCAACGUUGGCGGAAAACAACCAAGUGGAGAGAAUUUAGUUUACUUAAGAAAAAGAUGUCCCAUUGGCAUGAUGAUGCCAUGAUAAAAAUUGAGCGUAUUUCAUGGAUACUGAGUCCUGCUCUCUCUCUUUCCAAGGAUGGAACUUAUAGACCUUGCCUGGAGGAUGAUCGUAAACUACAUAUGGUCAGAGGGGAUGAUCCAGAGAACUGGCAUGUGCAGAUCUUCCGGUCCAUUGAUUCAGGUUCAGUCAGAGGCUUCCCAAAAUUCUAUGAUGAAGCUCAAGCUCAGAACCUUGUCUGUUCCAAAGACCUGGUGAUUGAUAGGAGCAUUCAAACAGCAUAUAUUCAGGCAAUAAGAUCUGCCCAGCAUUUUAUCUACAUUGAAAAUCAAUACUUUCUUGGCUCUUCAUAUGCUUGGCCAGCAUACAAAGAUGCAGGAGCUGAUCAUUUGAUUCCAAUGGAGUUGGCAAUGAAAAUUGCAAGUAAAAUAAGAGCUAAAGAGAGAUUUGCUGUAUAUGUUGUUAUACCAAUGUGGCCUGAGGGUAAUCCCAACGAUAAUGUUAUGCAAGAAAUUCUUUUUUGGCAGAGCCAAACAAUUCAGAUGAUGUAUCAAAUAAUCGCUAAGGAGAUCAAACACAUGCAACUUCUGGAUGCACAUCCACUAGACUAUUUGAAUUUCUUUUGUCUUGGCAACCGGGAGCCUAUCGCAGGUACUGCUGCUGAGUCUGCAGAUGGCGAUAAGGUGUCGGAUUCACAGAAGUUUCAGCGUUUCAUGAUAUAUGUGCAUGCCAAAGGAAUGAUAGUGGAUGACGAGUACGUAAUAAUAGGGUCCGCAAAUAUAAAUCAAAGGUCAAUGGCCGGCACGAAAGACACGGAGAUAGCCAUGGGAGCAUAUCAGCCUCAUCAUACUUGGCAAAAGAAGCAGCAACGUCCAUGUGGCCAGGUUUAUGGAUAUAGAAUGUCCCUCUGGGCCGAACACCUUGGAACUGUCGAGAAAUGUUUCAAUGAACCAGAGACACUCGAUUGUGUGAGGAGAGUGAAUGAAGUUGGUGAAGAAAAUUGGAAAAGGUAUGCUAGCGAUGAUUUGACGCUAUUGCAAGGCCAUAUUCUCAAGUACCCUAUGGCAGUCGAUGUUGAAGGGAACGUGAGUUCUUUGCCAGGACAUGAGAACUUUCCGGAUUUGGGGGGCAGAGUCCUCGGGACUCAUUCAGCUACUAUACCUGAUGUCUUGACGACAUGA